CUUUUUAAGUUGUGUAUAAUCGCUACUAAUCAGUAAUAUCAGUUUUACGUUUAAAAACUCAAAUUCAAUUCGAUUUGAGAUGAACUGCAUUAUCAGAUUUGUUUUUGAGUUGUAUUUUGCAAAAAGUUCAAAUGAAUAGGGGAAAAUUGAGAGCAUAUAUAUAUAUAAAUAUAUAUUCAAUGGGUGGUGAUACAAGUUGCUAUCAUAGGUUUUGUUCUUGGAUUGCUUCGGAAAUUUGUUAAUCAAUUUAUACAAACUUUACUUAGUAAAAUUACAUUGCUUAUAAGAUGUCAUUACAAAUUUGUUGCCGUAAGUAAUCCUAUUUAGAUGUUUGUUUUGUCAGCAAUUCAUGUCUUUCUUCUUGCACUUAGGAGACUUUUUCCCACUGAAACAUUCAAAAUUUAUGUUUUUAGUUGUUAUUCAUGUUAUAGAUUCUCCGUUUUCUCUUCCUUAUUGUAAUUUAUAUAUUUUAUUGCUUCAGGAUUUGGCUAUCUAAUUACAUUUCAUUAUAUGCAAUAUCAAUGAACAGAUCACUAAACAUCAUAUUGUGCCCAAAAGACUUGAACUUCUUUUUGGUUCUUGUUAUCAUUAGCUAGUGAAAAUCAUCAGCAAAGAUGAAAUUUGGAAAAGAUUACAAGAGACAAAUGGUGCCUGAGUGGGUAGAGGCAUACAUGGAUUACAAUGGCCUGAAAAAGAUACUGCGAGAAAUCCGUCUGUCUCAAGCACAAAAGCUGCCACCAACACCAUUGAGAACCUUACAGCAGAGGUUCUCAAUGUACAGCCCAUUCAGAGGUGUAGAAGUAGAAGCUAGAAAUCAGAAACGCGAAGGGGAUAUAGAGGAUCAGAUAAUUCAGGUUAGUCCCUUUGUAGGAGAGAGUAACAUAACAUUCUACAGGACAAGACUCCUUUUUCCAUCUGAAGAGAUAGGUGGAGAGGAUGAGGUGAAAUUCUUCAAGAAACUUGAUCAAGAACUCAACAAGGUCAAUGCCUUCUAUCGUGAUAAGGUAGAUGAAGUCGUAAAAGAAGCAGCUGAGUUAAAGAAGCAACUCGAAGCUUGUAUUGCAUUGCGAAUCAAAGUGCAAAAUUCAGGCAUUAAAGAGUCUGAUACAGCAGUUGCUAUGGAUCCUAAGACUACCACAAAUCAAGAAGCACCUUCUAUAAACAACACUGGUGGUGACAGGAAUAAUACAGGUUCCAGAAAUGAUGAAUCUGAUGUCUUGAAGGUACUAAAUCAUGUGAAGAUCAAUACUACACUUCAAGGUCCAUUAUCAAUGAUACGAGGCAUUCUAGGAGAUUUCAAGGAGAAAGCAUUAAGUUUUAGCAAGGAGGAGUUAAAACUGGUGGAAGAAAAACUGAAAAUUGCUUUUACGGAGUUUUACCAGAAACUUCGGCUUCUAAAGAACUACAGCUUUAUGAACCUCUCAGCAUUUGCCAAGAUCAUGAAGAAGUAUGAGAAGACCACCUCAAGAUACGCAGCUCGUUCAUACAUGAAAAUCGUGGACAAAUCUUACCUGGGAAGUUGUGACGUGGUUACAAAACUCAUAGAAGAUGUGGAGCACAUGUUUGUCAAGCACUUCUUUAAUGCUAAUCGAAGGGAAGGCAUGAAGCCUUUGAGACCAAGGAAAAGAAGAGAAAAGCACAGUGUAUCAUUCCUUUCAGGCCUCUUCUCUGGCUGUUCAAUUGCACUUGCAAUUGCUAUUAUUCUCAUGGUACGAGCAAGAAAAAUUUUAGAGAAAGAAAAGGGCUCCGUUUACAUGGAGAACAUGUUCGGACUUUACAGCUUAUUUCUGUUCAUAGUUCUGCAUAUGCUCAUGUAUGCUGCAGACAUAUACUUCUGGAAACGCUACCGAGUCAAUUAUCCAUUUAUAUUCAAUUUCAAGCAGGGAACAGAACAGGGUUAUCGAGAAGUGUUCUUGCUUGGUGCUGGUCUUGCAGUUCUGUCUCUUUCUAGCUUCUUAGCAAAUUUUGAUAUGCUUAUUGGCUUGACAACUGAAAACGAUCACAGUCCUGCCAAGUUCAUCCCCUUAAUAGUGCUUUUGGUGUUUCUUGGCAUCACCUUCUGUCCUUUCAAUAUCAUAUAUCGCUCAAGUCGGUAUUUUUUGAUACAAUGUUUAUUUCGCUGCAUAUGUGCUCCGUUUUAUGAGGUCACCCUUCCAGAUUUUUUCCUAGCUGACCAGCUAACCAGCCAGGUUCAGGCGAUAAGGAGUAUUGAAUUCUACAUUUGCUAUUACAUUCACAAAGGUUUUCCCGAGGGACAAAGCAAAUGCCACAGCUAUGGAGUAUACAAUGCUUUCUAUUUUGUAGUAGCAAUUAUACCUUACUGGAUCCGUUGUUUCCAGUGUCUUCGUAGAUUGGUUCAAGAGAGAGAUUCGAUACAUGCGUACAAUGCAAUGAAAUAUCUUAUGGCAGUUGUUGCUGUCGUUAUACGAACCCUUUACGAACUCAAAAGUGGAACAGCCUGGUUAGUGCUGGCCCUUUUAAGUUCCGCUAUGGCUGUGGCUUACAAUACCUAUUGGGAUAUUGUUAUUGACUGGGGGCUCCUGCGUCGAAAUUCCAAGAACUACCUCUUAAGGAACAGACUUUUGGUUUCACACAAGAGUGUGUAUUACAUUGCUAUGGUCGUUAAUGUUCUCUUAAGAGUUGCUUGGCUGCAGCUUGUUCUAGAGUUUAAUAUCAAGGGUCUGCGCAAAACCGCACUUUCAACAACCAUGUCCUGUCUGGAAAUAAUUCGUCGUGGCAUCUGGAACUUCUUUAGGUUGGAAAACGAGCACUUGAACAAUGUGGGUCGAUUUAGAGCUUUUAGAUCUGUUCCAUUACCGUUCAACUAUCAUGAUCAAGAUGAUACUGAUGACGACAAUGAUGAUUAUGACUACGAGAAAGUCGAUUGAGCAAUAUGAUCAACAUCUCCCUAUGGUGAUACCAUUUGAGCGCUACUCGAGACUCAUCAUCUUUAAUAUCGGUGCAACCUGUGCACUGGUCGGAAAGAUACAACACCAUUUUCAACGAACAAAAAAGACCGUCUAUUUUGAGGUUGCACAUCGUUUAUAAGUGACAUACAAAAGUUCUCAGGAAGCGGUUUCUCCAUCAGCUAGCGCUGUAGGCAAAAUUUCAGGUAGUGACCCUAAAGAACGAAUCAAAUAUAUAAUAGUCAUAGAACCAAAAUCUUCCUUUCAUAUGUGCCACUAUAGUGAUAGUUACAUGUUUUUAGAUCUUUCGUGUUUUGAAGUGAACAGAAGCUGUUCAACAACUGUAGUUACACAAAUUCAUUUUAAUAAAGCACUAUAUUAAACUGA